AUGGGCAUCGUGAGCAGCAGACUUGAUGAUGGCGCUGCCAUCUAUCUGCGAGACCAAAACCGACUCUCAAUCGCCUCCGUAGUUAUUACCUGCCCUCGCAAGCGCAUUUCAACCACUAUAGUCCCCAAUGCGUUCCCCGCUACUCGGGCUACGGCUACGCGAUCACCAGGCGACUCUGGACUGGUCGAGUUUAUUCAGGACACUGAACCUUCAGCUGUCCCGAACUUUCUCCUCAAACUCAACAAUGACGACGAACUCAUAUUCAACUUUACCUUCGUUAUCCGCCAGGAAGAUGGCGGGGCUGGUAUCGAUACGCACAUCAACGGACUAACAUAUGUCUAUGCUUCGACCAAUAGAGAUCUCGAGAACCUUGUCACUCGCGAGUUUCACGCCGAUCCAAAUCUACACAAAAACGCAAAUGUCGAAUUAGUCGGCGAUUACACCACUGGCGGAAGCGCUUCGGUGACUUUCGAAUGGUCGUGGAAGUGGAAACCGCCAAAGGGGACGGAGGACGGAGGAGGUGGAUGGAGAAAUGUCUGCAGUUUUGUCGAGUACGAUCAAAGAGCACACCGCCUAGAUACCCUUGCCAGGUUCUCCUUCUGGGUCGCUAAUACUUCGCCUUUUCCAAGCCAUCCCAACUCACCAUCCCCGGCUUUCCAAUUGGCAGUACCUCCUAGAAUUCGAGUGCCGUCGUCUCAAUCUGUUGAAUCUCGUAUUAGCGAACAAGAUGAGCCGAGCUCACCUGUGCACCCGCAGAGCGAUGCAUUAUCUAUCGCGCCUACGAUCGUGCCGGGCUCGCGGGAUUCUGUGAAGCUUGAUAUAUCAUGUCCCCGGCCAGGCGAGGACAUGACCGUGAGCGAUGAUGGACCGGUUUUCAGAGCUACCAUCAAGGCGCUCGAGCAGAAGACUGGAAACAUGAGAACGCAGAUGAAGAAAGUAUUAAAGAAAGCCGAACAUGCAUACACUACACAGACCGAGGCGAACGAGGCUUUCGUGAGCUUUACAGAUGCCCUCCGAGAAGCGUCGGCAACGAACGCCAAUGCGGUUCAGCCUGCUAUCGAUCACUACUUUGACAAGAUCUCGAGAGAAAUACUAAACUACGAGAGGCAAAAUACCCUUAAUUUACAGAAGAUUAUUAUCGAGCCUAUAAGCAAGCUCUAUACGUAUGACAUCAAACAAGCGGAAUCGAAGAGACGAGAUUUCGAGGAGGAGAGCAAGGAUUACUAUUCUUACGUAUCUCGGUAUCUUGGCCAACGACAAGACUCGGUGAAGACUAAGAAGCUUGCCGAGAGUGAUAGCAAAUACCAGACAAAAAGGAGAAAUUUCGAGCUCAAACGUUUUGAUUAUUCAUCGUUUAUGCAGGAUCUUCACGGUGGUCGCAAGGAACAGGAAGUCUUGUCUCAUUUAACCAAAUACGCCGACAUCCAAGCAAGGGGCUUCUUAGCCACCGCGCAGAGAAUUGAAAACUUGUUGCCACAACUUGAAGCUCUAGCGAAUGAGGUACAAGAAGCCGAUAAGGAGUUCCAAUACCAGAGACGCGAACGGGAAGAAAAGAGACGUGUAUUGGAGAAGAGUAAUCUCCAAUAUAAUGAGCCAGAAGGUGUGACUACCGCGGUCCAUACGACCGCCAAUCCCAGCUCGAAUGGUAACCAGCACACCUCUGACUCAGAACUUGGUCGAGCGGAUAGUACCAGCUCUCAGCUCAAGCCUAUACCCACGGGCAAUUCAGGGCCGAUGGCCUCGGCAGGCACAGACCUCUCGAGAUCCCCGGGAAGCGUAGGACACGCUUCUCUGCACAGCCCCGCGCAAACAUCGAAAUUCAAGGGAAUACGCGAUCUGGAAGAGAGAGACUUCAGCCAGCUGGCCAUUGCCGAUAAGAACUCGACGCACCGAAAAGAAGGUCUUCUCUGGGCUCUGAAUCGGCCAGGUACACAUGUGGAUCCGCUCUCAUUAAACAAGCAGGGUUGGCACAAAUUCUGGGUUGUCCUAGAUCAAGGGAAGUUGUCGGAAUACAGUAACUGGAAGCAGAAGCUGGAUCUCCAUAUGGACCCCAUUGACCUUCGCAUGGCAUCCGUCCGCGAGGCGAGAAAUGCAGAACGAAGAUUCUGCUUUGAAGUAAUUACGCCACAAUACAAGAGAGUGUAUCAAGCAACUUCGGGUGAGGAUAUGAACAGCUGGAUUCUUUCCAUCAACAACGCCCUCCAAAGCGCAGUUGAAGGUCGUGGUCUUAAAGAAAAGCCGUUGUCUCCAGGGGAGUCGACCACCAGCCUUAAGCGCGAUAUCGGUUCGAUUCUGACUGGGAAGAGCAGCUCUUUGAAUCAUGGUUCUCAUCAUGGUUCUCACAACAAUACCAGCUCCGCCCCCCCGUCUCGCCGUACUACAGUCGGUGCGCGACCUGCAAACGCACGAGCGCCAAGCAGUAGCUACGAUGAACAUCCGGAUAAACUCCUCCAGAUGCUUCGUGACAAUGACCAGGGCAAUUGCUGGUGUGCUGACUGCGGCAGCGGGUCCAAGGUCGAAUGGGUUUCGAUCAACCUGGCUAUUAUUCUCUGCAUCGAGUGUAGUGGCAUCCAUCGAUCUCUCGGGACGCAUAUCAGCAAGGUGCGGUCGCUCACACUCGACAUCACGUCAUUCACGCCCGAUAUUAUCGAGCUAUUACUUCUCGUUGGAAACAGAGUCUCAAAUAUGGUCUGGGAGGCGAAACUGGACCCGAAUCUCAAGCCGGGUCCGCAAGCCACGCGGGAACAACGCCUGAAGUUCAUAACAGCGAAAUACGUGGACAGAGCUUAUGUGGAGCCGAUAUCAGCCACUCUCUCGCGGUAUCCGACCGCCGAUGAAACCCUCCUCGCGGCUAUAAAGCGUAACGAGAUUCAACAAGUUAUAUACGCACUAGCGCUGAGGGCUAACCCUAAUACACUGGAUAAAAGUCGUGGAACUCAUCCGAUUUUUCUAGCUCUUGCGGCGGCUGAUCCGGCCUCGCCAUCGCCAACUACUCCUGUAACCGGACGGCCGGAGCCCGACUCUCGGGUUAUCCCAUUUCCAGUUGCGGAAAUGUUGAUACAAAACGGGGCUGAAAUACCUGCUGCAAUGCCUGCCUUCCCACUGAGUCGGAGCGCCCAGAUGUAUCUCGAACAGAAGCGUGGCCGGAGCGCUGCUAUCGAGGCAUCGGGCGCGUCGUUGCCGGGUAGUCUCAGCCCGAGCCCGAGCGAGCGACUUCAGCGCGAUAAGGACGCACGCUUACAGAAACGCAUCAGCGCUGGCGGACGCCUGGCGAAGUCGCCUAUUCCCGAACGGUAG